AUGCGCUGCAAUCACACCCUGUGUGUUGUGGCAAUAACAUUCCUUGUCAGCUGGAGCCAGACGCUCUCGACGCCUGUCGAAUCACGCAGAACGGAGUCGCCUCUUGUACGCAGCGUAAGUGCCACCGAAGAGAGAAAUAUCUUCUCACAAACCGCAGAAGCAGUCGCGAAAUGGGGAACUACGACGGCAUUGCUUAAUCUCGGAAAAACCGACGACGAGGUGAAAAAGAUUCUUGGAUUGGAGAAGCUGUCGGGGGAAGCUCUAAAGGCUCAUUCAAAUUACCACCUACUGGACGACUUCAUCACUAAACUUCGAGACCGCAAGGUGACGGGGUGGCUGCAUAAGGACACCACCACAGAUGAGGUCUGGAAGACAUUGCAACUGGACGAUUUAUUUGCAAAACUGGACGCGAAAGAGUUCCGCCACUCGGACGAGUUGAAGACCUACGUGCAGUACGUCAAGAAGCUGGAUGACGACAUUUGGAACUACAAGAGAGCAAGUUUUGAGCCGGACAGCAGCUCUCCAUUAGAGUUGGCGGUGAAAAUCCACAUUUGGGCCAAAGCAAAAAGACCUUCGUGGCACGUUCUUGAAAUGAUGGGCAACAACGCUCUCAAAGGCAGCAAGAACCGCAAGUUUUACAGAGAAUAUUUGUUACUGAUUAAGGGUAAAAAGCCGAUAAUCGACUUUUAG